CAUUCCCAGGCUGGAGGACGCCAGGCCGGGCCCCUCAGCGCCGCAGGACGGACCUGGGGGGGCCCGACCCGAGCUGCCGCCCCACGUCAGAGCCCUGAUGGCCGGAGUGCUGGAUCUCUUCCCUGAUGUGCAGAGCGACCAUGUGGCUGAACUCAUCCAGCAGAACAAUGUCACCGACCUGAAUGUGAUCUGUAACAUGCUGCUGGAGAACCCAGCCUAUCCCAGGAGACAGGCCGCUCCCCCCGCCCCCACCAGCAUCCUGCUGGAGUCUGGAGAGCAGGAGGCUGAGGUGACGGAGGACCUGUUCGACCUCAGCCGUCUGGGCGCCGUGCCCCCUGAGGCCCUGAUGCAGGCCACUGACCUGCUGAUGGCCGACUUCAGGAUGCUCAGCUGCCAGGACCUCAAGUGGGUCCUCAACGCACUCAAGGGACACUAUGCAAUCACACGCAAGGCCUUAUGUGGAGCUCUGAAGAAGUGGCAGGACUCUGGAGACCCCCCGGGGAAGAGACGGCGGAGUAGGACUGCGUCAGAGCGCUGCUACGUGGACCUCCAGUUUGAGCACGGCAAUGUGAAGUUGGAAAAGAGGAUGUACUUCCUGGAGAACGACCGGCGGUACUUCCGGACCUACGGGACGCUGGAGCCCUCGCUGCAGGCCGAGCUGGCCUUCUACCAGCGGAGGGCCAAGGAGUCCGCGGAGCAUGAGGACUUCCUGCUGGCUCUGCAGGUCAACGAGGACGAGUACAAGAUGGACGGACAGCUCAUCGAGUGCGGCUGCUGCUUCGGAGAGUUUGCCUUCGAGAAGAUGACUCAGUGCUCCGACGGCCACCUCUUCUGCCAAGAGUGCCUGGUCAAAUACGCUCAGGAGGCCGUGUUCGGCUCUGGACAGUCGGAGCUCAGCUGCAUGUCGGGGGGGUGUCCCUGCUCCUACCCGGUGUGUGAGCUGGAGAAGGUUCUGCCGGAGAACAUCCUGAUCAAGUACUACGAGAGGCAGGCUGAGGAGGCCGUGGCCGCCACCUGCGCCGACGAGCUCGUACGGUGUCCCUUCUGCAACUUCCCUGCCCUGUUGGACAAGGCCAUGUCUCUGUUCAGCUGCCCCAACCCCCGCUGUCGCAAGGAGAGCUGCAGGAAGUGCCAUGUUCAGUGGAAACAACACGUGGGGAAGACAUGUGACCAGGUCCUGGAGAGGGAUGAGAUCCGUAUGAGGGUGCUGUUCGAGGAGCGUAUGACGGCGGCCCGGGUGCGGCUGUGUGUGAGGUGCGGCCUGGGGCUGGUGAAGUCGGAGGGCUGUAACCGCAUGGCGUGCCGCUGCAGCAGCUUCAUGUGCUACCUGUGCCGGGAGCCAAUCACGGGCUACAACCACUUCUGUCAGCACGCGCGCUCGCCAGGGGCGCCCUGCCGCCACUGCCGCAAGUGCUCCCUCUGGACGGACCCCACGCAAGAUGACGAGCGCAUCAUCCAGGAGAUCCAGAAGGAGGGCGAGGCGGAGCUCAACAAGCAGAGCAGCGAUCCCUCAGGUAAGCGGGUGGGACCCCCUCCCGAGGCGAUCACCGUCUCCAAGCGGCCCCGCGUUGCCCCCCCGCUGCAGAACCCGCCCCCCCCCCAACCGGGCCCCCACCUGGGGGUCCAGCCGCCCCCCCCGGCGGUGCAGGACCCCCCCAUGUGGCUCCACCUCGGCCCGUUCCCCCCCGCCCCCGCCCAGGUGGUCCGCAGGGUCUACCAGAUCAGGGCGGCCCCCGGGAUGGCCCCGGGCCCCUACGUCCCCCCGCUGCCCCACCUGCCCCCCCUCAACAACCCGCCCCCGCCUGUCAAUCACAACCUGGACAUGAUGGACCUGCCCAUGCACUACGGCCCCCCCCCCUACUACAGGCAGCGCUUCUAGUGGUGGGAGACCGGACACACACGCACACACACACACACACACCCCCCUUGCCUUGCCCCGGCCCCCCGUUCCAGGGGCCCCCCGUUCCAGGGGCCCCCCGUUCCAGGGGCCCCCCGUUCCAGGGGCCCCCCGUUCCAGGGGCCCCCCGUUCCAGGGGCCCCCCGUUCCAGGGGCCCCCCGUUCCAGGGGCCCGGGGCCGUUUCCUUUGUACUGGUCUACCCGGAGUCUUUCCGAGGUGAAUAAAGAUAUUUUUGCUGCGUGGUUCCGCGUCGUGUUCCAGGGGCGCCCUGUUUUUUAAAGGUUCCUGAGGAGGUUUUGUAUGUUGAGCUGUUGACAGGAAGGAGACUGGAUCUCCAUUAAAGCACCUUGAAA